UUUUAAAUGAGUUCUGUGAAAAGAAAUAAAAGAGGCUUAUGUCAACAUGACAAUUGUAGAGCACCCAGAGAAGUGUUCUGUACCAAACAUGAGAAAGUACUCUGUUGGUUGCAUCAAUCAUACCACCACUUUGAGUGUCCAUGCGAACACUUCAUCACAUCUGAGCAGCUCAAGAAUGCUCUGAUUCCAUUAAACAACAGUCUGCACCAGAUCUCCCAAUACGGUAAAGCCUACGACAGCGUUGGGUAUCUGAUUGACAACUUUGAAGCAGCCUUGGAGUCUUUGAAGCAAGAGUUCGAAGAAAUCAAGCAAGAAGUCAGCACAAAGAUCCAGAGUGAUCAGUUCCUUGACUUCUACAAGUUGAAGAAGAGAUGUGAAGAGUUUUAUGCUAAAUUUAAGAGAAGCGACAUCUACUCAGCAUUCAAAGAGUUCAUGUUCAACAAGCAACUCGAAGACCCUACUACCAAGACUGUCAUUGAUGCGGAGAGUUCGAAUAGAAUAGUUGAGGAGAGAAAGAGGUUUGGACAAAUGCUCAACAGGGUCUCACAAGAAGUCGAACAGAAGGUCAGACAUGAAGUUGAAGCCACAACGGCCAGAGAUGUCGAAGAGCUUAAGAAACAAGUUGAAGAAUUUCAACAGCAGGCAGAAGAGCAUAAAUAACCUCAGCUCUACACAAGCCACAGAAAUAGAAGAUCUUAAAGCUAAAAUUGAAGAACAAAAGACUGAAAUCGAGCAACUGAGUGAAGCCAAAGAGAAGGCUGAAGAAGAGUUCAAGAAUAGCGUUGCCGAAUUGGCACAGCUCCAGGACACAUAUAAAAAAGCAGCUCCUCUUGUUUGUAAAGACAUCUGGAAGAGAAUUUAUGGCCAAGAUAUGGCCUUUGAUGAAAACACAAAGAUUGUGCUGAGCAUGAAUCAACAAAAAGCCAAAGACUUCCUAACCGAACUGACCAGCCAUAAAAUAAAACUUCCAAACAUCAAGAGAAUCAAACUCGACCAGGACAAGAAGGAAGACCCAGUUGUCAAAGAGUUUUUCAAACAUUGCUUCCCUGACCAGGUCGAACUGUUCAGUUAUAAUUGGAAUCUAGCUUCUGAUGCCUGCCAGACAAAGCUGAGCUACUAUUUUGAGGAAGUGCAGCAUAUAAUCCCCAGAGUGACUAGAGAGGUUGUGCUUUAUUACUUUGACCUGACCAAGCAAGAAUUUGAGUACAUCAUCAGCAAUUGCAAAGCUCCCAGGUUAACUAUCAGUUGCUCAAAAUUCGACACUUCCUCUGCCACCACCUUCGCCUGCGCCCACUCCAGCAUCCAGUACUUGUCCUUUGAAAGAAGUGGCCGGUCUGCCAGAAGCGACUGGAAGGGCACCCCCUCGAAGUGCAAGAACAUUCUGCAGGCGAUCUCGGAGUCAGGACUCAAGGACUCCCUCCACACUCUCAAUGUGGGAGACUGUGGGUUGAGCACAGACGAGGUGAAGGCCUUCCUACCAGAGUUCGGACUCACAAUCAGCGAAGUUAUUGCUAAUCGUCCCGAUCCUCUGUCAGAUUAA